GCGCUGGAUGAAUAGGGGAGGAGCAGUGCUGUACAGUACUAUAAAAACUUCAGAGAUGUGCUUUGUGUUGCUUCAGGGUUGCUGGUUUAUACAGUAGAAGAUAUUGCUCCUAAUAUUCCUUUGAUUUAUGCCUGGAACACAGCUCGCCAAGGAGCAACAACCACUCAUGGCAGAUCCAGUCCCUGAAAGCACGGAGCAGAUGGAGCGAGAGAAACAACCAUCUUCACAACAGAAGAUAAAAGCAAAGCUCAUCCAUUGGAUUUCUUACAUUGCCGGUGACAUGACAGCGUUUGGUGAAUGGAUGAAAGGUCAGUUUAUCGUGCUGCAGAUUAUGGACUGGGUUUUGCGUGGGGCCGCUCAGGUGAUGUUUGUGAAUAACCCUCUCAGUGGACUUAUCAUCUUUGGUGGACUCAUUCUUCAGAACAGAUGGUGGGCACUGAACGGUUUUGUCGGCACAUUGUUUGCAACAAUCUCUGCUCUUAUCCUCUGUCAGAACAGAGGUGCUAUCGCAGCGGGUCUUUAUGGCUAUAAUGGAAUCUUGGUUGGCCUUCUGAUGGCAGUUUUCUCGAAUGCAGAAGACUGGUACUGGUGGCUUCUUCUUCCAAACAUCUUCAUGUCAAUGGCAUGCCCCAUCGUGUCAAGUGCCUUGGCCUCCAUUAACAGUCGGUGGGACCUCCCUGUUUUCACCCUCCCCUUUAACAUCCUUGUGUGUCUACACAUGGUGGCCACAGGACACUACAACCAGCACUUCCCACAGGUGCUCAUCCAGCCACUCACGUCCAUGCCCAAUAUCACCUGGUCCGAGAUGGAUCAUGCGAAGCUUUUCCGCUCGAUCCCCGUGGGAAUCGGACAGGUGUACGGAUGUGACAAUCCCUGGACGGGGGGGAUAUUCAUGAUCGCCUUGUUUAUCUCCUCACCCAUAACAUGUGCGCACGCCACCAUCGGAUCAGCCGUUGGUAUGGUGUCUGGUCUUGCUCUGGCCGCACCUUUUGAGGACAUCUACUUUGGUUUAUGGGGUUACAACUGUGUUUUGGCAUGCAUCGCGAUCGGAGGGAUGUUUUACGCACUUACGUGGCAGACACAUCUUCUGGCCGUGGCAUGCGCAUUCUUCUGUGCAUACCUGGGCUCGGCGAUAGCAAAUCUCAUGUCUGCUUUUGGACUCCCAGCAUGCACCUGGCCCUUCUGCCUGUCUGCCCUCACAUUCCUCUUGAUCACUACGGAGACCAGCGCCAUUUAUAAAUUGCCUCUUGCUAAGGUCACCUACCCUGAGAAAAACCUGAUAUAUUUCUGGAAGAUGAAGAAAGAGGAGAGGGCCGGCGAGGAGAAGAAAACACAAGAGAUGCAACUGAGAGACACUGAAGAAACACAGCCAAAGAAAGAUGAUGAAAUAUCUGUCACGGUGGAAAAGUGUGAAGAGGAGCAUUAAGAAGAUCUGCCCUGUGGCCCGACAGGAAGAGGACGACACUAACAGAGAGAAUAUAACACUGAGUACAAACCUGGACCAGACUGAAGUAUACAUUUCAUUACUGUGUUAGUUUUAUGCAUUUAUAACUUGAACGGUUGACGAAAGCAGCAUUAAAAUAUCCAAACAAAAAGAGUGCAUGUUAGCUGGGCAUUAAAAUAUAUUUUUAAUGAGAUCUGGUUGUCGUCCAACAUUCCUAUGAUUGAUAGCUGUUUUUGAAUUUGGAAGCUUCAGGGGCUUCAGGUGUGUCACCGGAUUGGAUUAAGAAAGGAUUUUUUGUUUUAUAAUGUAUGCGGCAAAGCUUGUGGUAGCCGUAACCUGUACUUUACAGACGUGAAUAGAAAUGUUUGUCUGUAAGUUGGACGACUGGUCAGUGUUUUAAUUACCUGUAAUGAUGGUUUUGUACUUUUGGAAAAUUACUUUUAUAAACUCCCAUAAAUAUCUAUUUUUUCAAUAAAGACAAAUUGUAAAUUUUA